CGUACAUUCGAUUUCGACCUCUUCAAAGUUUGUAGAGAGAGAAAGCAAAAGAAAUUGUAGAGAGAGAAGCAGAGGAGCACGUAAAAGGCAAUCGUCGUCGCAACCAAGAUCUGGAAAGAUGUUCAACUAUACUAGCGUAAGUAGCGGCGGCGGCGCGGCCGAGAUGAAAGGCGGAGAAUUUGAUAUAGAAUCGGGAGAUAUGCUGUACCCCGGAAUCGGGCACGGCGAGAAUCAGCUGCGGUGGGGAUUCAUAAGGAAAGUUUACGGAAUAUUGUCGGCGCAGAUCCUCGUCACCACCGCGGUCUCCGCCGUCACUGUUCUGUACGCUCCGGUCAACGAUCUCCUGCGUUCAAGUCCCGGCUUACUGCUUUUCCUCGUCUUUACCCCCUUCAUAUUGUUGUGGCCCUUGCAUGUUUAUCAACAAAAACACCCGUUGAACUUCGUUUUCCUUGGGCUCUUUACUGUUUCUCUGAGUCUGACGGUUGGCAUGACCUGUGCCAAUACUGAAGGAAGAAUUGUGCUUGAAGCCUUAAUCUUGACAUCAGCCGUAGUUUCGGCUCUGACUGGGUACACUUUCUGGGCUGCUAAGAAGGGCAAAGACUUCAGCUUUCUGGGACCAAUCUUGUUUACUAGCCUAUUUAUCUUGGUUCUGACCAGUUUUAUUCAGGUGUUCUGCCCACUAGGACCUACCUCUGUUGCCAUCUACGGUGCAAUCGGUGCCAUAAUUUUCUCAGGAUACAUUGUUUAUGAUACUGACAACCUGAUUAAGCGUUUCUCAUAUGAUGAGUAUAUCUGGGCUUCUGUCACCCUUUAUCUGGAUGUUCUCAACCUGUUCCUUACCAUUCUGCGCAUGCUGAAACAGGACAACUAGACUAUUAUGUGGUUACUGCAUAAGACAUAUUUGUUUUAGAUAAUCAUAGAAUGCUGCUGUCUCUUUUGGCAAGUAUAGAGAUAACUGUGUGGAAGUUGUAUGUCUCUCUACACUUGUGAAUGUGUGGUUGCUACAACACACUCAAACAAAGUGUAACCAUGAGCUUGUGUGAGUUGAUUUACAUAAAUAAGGAGCUUACAAUUUGGUGUAAUCCAUUUCUAUUUAACCUAUCUGCAAUACAAUUUUAGUGAAGUGUUGAUAAGAAA